AUGAGAACGAAUCCUGUUAAACGGAAACUUCAGGCCGGCCAACCCAGUUUCGGAACUUGGCUUUCGCUGGGCGAUUUGUAUGCCACCCGGGUGCUGGCCCGCAUGGGCUUCGAUUGGCUCACGCUCGACAUCGAACAUUCGGCCAUCGACUGGUCGCAGGCGGCCAUGAUCUUUGCUGCCAUUGCCGACGCCGGUUGUGUCCCGCUGGCCCGCGUGCCCAAGGGGAACCACGAUUACAUCAAGCGCGUGCUCGACGCGGGGGCCUGGGGCAUUGUGGUGCCCAUGGUCGACACGGUGGAGCAGGCCAAAAUCGCAAUCGCCGCUGCGAAGUACCCGCCAGUGGGCAAUCGCAGCCUGGGCGGCGGGAUGCACGCUAUGAACUUCGACACCAGUGCCGGUGAGUAUUACCAGAAGGCGAACGACGAAAUCCUCGUCAUCCUGCAAACCGAAAGCCCCACCGGCGUGCAGAACGCCAAAGAGAUUUAUUCGUUGCAAGGCUGCGACGGGAUCUUCGUCGGACCCGUCGAUCUGCGGGCGAACAUGCGGGCACCCGACGGGACCGAGGCCACCGACGAUGAGUUCGAAGAUGAGUUGGCCCAAAUCGUGAAAAUCGGAAAGGAAACCGGCACCCCCACCGGCAUGCACACCAUGGAUGCCAACGCUGCGCUGAGCCGUGCCGAGCAAGGGAUGCAGUUCAUCGCCAUCGGUAGCGACCUGCGUCUGAUGACCGUGGCUGCCGCAGAGGUCAUCGCAAAGGUGGCUCCAGAGGCUGCUGGCAAAGUGGCAGACAUCAGCCGCGAAGCGUUCUUCGCUGCCGGAGAUUCGUCACUGGCCGAACUCCAACAGCAGGCCGACCGCGGCAAGGCCAUCACCGCAGCAGCCACUGCAGCGGCUAACCUCCUGCAACAAGAACACGCUGCUGGCAAAGUCGAUGGGGUGUUGGGCAUCGGCGGUUCCGCAGGUUCCACGAUUGCCACCUCGGCCAUGCGAGCGCUUCCGUUGGGAGUGCCGAAGUUGAUGGUCAGCACGUUGGCUUCCGGUCAGGUGCGACAGUAUGUGGGCGACAAAGAUAUUCUGAUGCUCAACUCGGUCGUCGACAUCCUCGGCGUGAACCGCAUCAGUCGACUGAUUUUCGAUGAGGCCGCCCGAGCGAUGGCCGGCAUGGUCACCCUGGGUUGCGACGAAAGCACGGAGGCCGAUCGCCCCCUAGUGGCCGCCACCAUGUUCGGCGUGACCACUCCCUGCGUUCAGCGCGCUCGUGAAGUGCUGGAGCAAGCCGGGUUCGAAGUGCUGGUGUUCCACGCCACGGGGGGUGGCGGUCAGGCGAUGGAAUCGCUCAUCGAAGACGGCCUCAUCUCCGGGGUGCUCGACAUCACCACCACCGAACUGGCCGAUGAACUCGUGGGCGGGGUUUUAAGCGCAGGCCCCGCUCGACUCACGGCAGCCACGAUACAGGGUGUACCGCAAGUGGUUUCGGUGGGCGCGACCGACAUGGUGAACUUCCACGCUCCAGACACGGUGCCGGUGAAGUUCGCCGAGCGGGUUUUCUACGAACACAACCCCACCGUCACGCUGAUGCGAACCACGCGGGAAGAGAAUCGCAAGCUCGGCGCCGAAAUCGGGCGGAAGGUUGCUCCGGCGGGAAACAAGGCCGUAAUUCUCUUGCCAGAACGGGGCGUAUCGGCCAUCGAUGCCGAAGGAAAACCGUUCGACGAUCCGCAGGCCCGCAAUGAAUUGUUCACCGCCGUGGAACAAAAUGCGGGCGAGGUCGAGUGCCGUCGCAUCGACGCCCACAUCAACGAUGAACUCCAAGGCAUGAGUCUGUUUUCGCGGGAAGCCAUCCUUACGAACCUCAAAGCAAAGCUCCAAGCCGGCAAACCGAUCAUCGGCGGCGGUGCCGGCACCGGUAUCAGCGCCAAGUUGGCCGAGGCGGGCGAUAUCGAUCUGCUGGUGAUUUACAACUCCGGACGAUUCCGCAUGGGAGGGCGAGGCUCGCUCGCCGGCCUCAUGCCAUACGGCGACGCCAACGGAAUCGUCAUGGACAUGGCCCGCGAAGUUCUCCCCGUGGUGAAACAUACCCCGGUGCUGGCCGGAGUCUGCGGGACCGAUCCAUUCCGUGUGAUGAAGCUGUUCCUGGCCGAGGUCGACCGUUGUGGUUUCUCCGGAGUGCAGAACUUUCCCACCGUUGGGCUCAUCGAUGGCACCUUCCGUGCGAACCUGGAAGAGACCGGCAUGAGUUUCGGGCUCGAAGUCGACAUGAUCCGCAUGGCCCACGAAAUGGACUUACUGACGACCCCUUACGCGUUCAACCCUGAUGAGGCCGCCGCGAUGGCUGGGGCGGGGGCCGAUAUCCUCAUCCCCCACAUGGGACUCACCACUAAGGGAAGCAUAGGAGCCGAGACGGCUCUCACGCUGGAAGAGUCGGCCAAGCGAGUGCAAGCAAUGCAUGAUGCCGCCAAACGGGUGAACAACGACAUCAUGGUUCUCUGUCACGGUGGGCCCAUCGCCGAACCAGAAGAUGCCCAAUACAUCCUCGAUCACACCGAGGGAAUCGUAGGCUUCUAUGGUGCCAGCAGCAUGGAACGCCUGCCUGUGGAACCGGCCAUCACAAAUCGCGUUCGCGAAUUCGGCAUUUUCACCGGCUGUGCGGAUAUGCCACGCCCAGCGUGGAUGGCCAAAGAUUCGGCUAAAGAAGAUGCACAAAUAGCUGGUGUCCGCGAUUCGGCCCUGGAGUUAGAGCGCCUGGAAGAUUUGGCAGACGAUGCCAAGAAGAUGGAAGCCGCCGAGCAGGAAACCGUCUCGCAGCAGUUGGCCCAACAGUUGGCCGCCGAGUCUGACCCGAUUAUUCGGGCACAACUCAUUCGCACCCUAGCCGCCUACCCCACCUCAACGGCUGCGUUGAUGUUGAAACAGGGACUCCGUGAUACCAGUAAAGAUGUGCGAGUACUUUGUUGCGAGAAGCUAGGCGAAAGGGAUGACCCGGAGACCGCAAAACUUCUGGCCGAAGUAAUCGCCAGCGAUACGGACAUCGACGUACGCUUGGCCGCCGCGCGAGGGCUUGGCGAAAUGGAAGACACCCAAGCUUUAGACGGCCUUGCGGUGGCAUUGGACGACCCCAACCCGGCGAUGCGUCGCCGUGCGGUCGUUUCAUUGCAGAACGUAACGGGGCGUGACUACGGGGGCGACAUCACCGCAUGGCGGCAGUAUGUACAAGGUACCGAACCCCAAUUGGAUACACCCUCCAUCGCCGAACGCAUCCGCGACGUUUUCUAG